AUGCCUGAUGCUUUCCUGCCUGGAAGUCUGGAGUUUCUUACCAACUUCGAAGCCAAACGCCGCCAUCACGACCCAAGCGACAGACCGCCAACAGCCAUCAAAGUCUCCGCGGACAGCGCCUCCACCGCGCGAGAUCAGUACCAGCGUGUUCUUGGGAUCAUCAGGUCGGCGAAGGAGAGGCGUGCCGAGUUUGAGCACCGACUGGCCGCUCUUCAUGCCGACACGUCACUCUCCGAAUCCGCGCUCCAUGACGCGGUUUCUGCAGUCGAGGAAGACCUGUGUGCCUUCCUGCAUGAGCUCCUGGCCAACGAGGAUUUGUCUCCGACCGUGCCACAGUCUUCCGGCAACUCGCCCAUUCCCCUUGCCGACUUCCUCCGCCAGCUUCGCGAAAAAGCCUUCCCCUCCACGCCACCGCUGACAUGA